AUGGAAAUCAUAGCAGUUAAGGCGGCGGUGCUAGUGCUGGGAAAUCUGGUUACCUUUCUUAAAAAUGAAACUCAAUUAAUGGCUGGUAUUUGCCAGAGAGUGAGUAUUUUGAAGGAUGAUUUGGAAUACAUGCAUUCUUUUCUGAAGAUUGCGGAAUCAAUAGAUGAAAAGGACGAUGAGCUGAAGAUAUGGGUGAAACAAGUCAGAGACGUGGCUUAUGAGACUGAAGACGCUGUGGAAGACUUCUUGCUUCGUUUGACACCACCAUUUCGUCACUGCCUUAGUACAUGGCUCUUUCAUCUGCAAGGUCUGAGAAUAAGGUGUCGCUUAUCUGGUACGAUAAAACUCAUUAACUUGAAGAUGAAAGGAAUCAAAGAAAGAAGAGAGACCUUUUCUCUUCCGAGUACACAUGUUGAAUUAGGAGGUAUGAACCUUAGACUUGAAGCUCUAUUUAUUGAUGAUACUGCUGUUGUGGGAAGUGAUGAUUCUAAGAGCCAAUUGAUUUCAAUGCUUAAUGUGGGAGAUAAGGAUCUAUUUAUCGUCACUGUGGUUGGGAUGGGUGGCGUAGGAAAGACUACUCUUGUGAGGAAAGUCUAUGAGAGUCUCUCUAAGGAGGACUUUGAAUGUCAAGCUUGGAUUACUGUUUCUCAGUCAUUUACAUGCUUGGAACUUCUUCGAGAUUCCUUGAAGAGCUUCAUGGAAAAAACUAAAGAAGUAAGAAAUGAAGAAAUAGACAAAAUGAACGUGACUCAAUUGAUCGAUAAACUGAAGAUUUAUCUGCAACAAAAGAAGUACAUUAUUGUGUUUGAUGAUAUUUGGAGCGUUGAGGCGUGGGAUCAGGUUAGAUUUGCAUUUCCUUGUUGCUCGCGUGGGAGUAGGAUCAUCUUCUCUACACGUAACGGAGACAUAGCCUCGUCAACUGAAAUCACUAAUCGCAUGUUCAAUCUCAAUCCUUUGUUUGAUAAAGAAUCUUGGACCCUUUUCUGCAUGAAAGCUUUUCGAGGUGAUAAAUACAAAAGUGUUUGUCCCGAAGAGAUGCACGAUAUCUCGUGGAGUCUGAUGAAAAAGUGCGGAGGACUGCCUCUCGCAAUUGUAGUCCUUGGGGAUUUGCUGGCUAAAAGGGAGAAACAUGUUCUGGAAUGGCAGAAAGUUCUGGAAAGCCUAUCUCCCAAAACAAGAAUCAUUUCGGGACUUGAGAGACUAGAGAGAAUAUGUUUACUCAGUUACAAUGACUUGCCAAAUCAUCUCAAAUGUUGCAUCUUGUACACAAGCAUGUUUCCGGAGGAUUAUGUCAUCACAAGAUCGAGGCUCAUUCGCUUAUGGGUGUCUGAAGGAUUCGUGGAAGACAGACCAGGAGGAUAUACCCGUGAAGAGGUUGCUGAGGGCUACCUGAAUGAAUUGGUAAACAGAAGUAUGAUUCAAAUUGUUUUGAAAGACAAUUUCAACCGGGUCAAGACUUGUCAACUUCACGAUGUCUUGCGAGAUGUUCUUCAAAGGAAAUCCAGAGACGAGUCAUUUUCCAUUGUGUUGAACGAUGAAAAUCUAUUACAAUCAAGUGAGAAGAUUCACCGUGUAGCAAUCUAUGAGAAUUUCCAUCGGCAAACUCCCAAAGGAGCCAAGAUAUCACUAUUCACAGGCCUUCGAUCCUUACUUCUCUUUGGUAUCUCGGAAGAUGUUAUUGAUAAUGUUAAUGGUAAUGGUAUAUUGUUAAAGACAUAUUUAUAUGGUUGUCGAUCGCUGAGGGUGGUGGAGCUUGAAAGGGUACCGCUUAUCGAUUUCCCUGAAGAGUUAACUGAAUUGAUUCACUUGAAACACCUGAGUUUGAGGGGGAAUAUUAAUAUAAAAGAUAUUCCAGACUCUAUAAGAAAGUUGAGGUAUCUAGAGAUACUUGAUCUCCAAUCUUGUGAUAUAAAAUAUCUGUCGCAGAGGAUCCUAGAUUUGAAGAAUCUUCGACAACUGCGUUUCUCUUCAGUUAAAGUUCCCUCCGGGAUAGGAAAGUUGAGCAAGUUAGAGAAAUUGAUUGGGUUUGAAGUGGAUCAGAAGAAUGUGAAUGUGGUAGAAGAAAUUGGAAUAUUGACAAAUUUAAAGAGUCUAGCUGUUCUGAAAGUAAAUGAACAAAACUGGACGCAUCUAUCCCCCACGUUGGAGAAAUUGACGCGACUGACUGCUUUAUACCUUUCAUCACACGAAGCAACUGCCAAUAUUGAUGAAGGCCUUUCUCUAACUUGCUCAUCUCCUCCACUACAUUUGCAGCGCCUUUACCUAACGGCCAAUUUGCAAAGAUUGCCUAGCUGGAUCAUUGAACUUAGAUAUCUUGGAAAAUUAGUUCUUUUGCAUUCUAGGCUCGAGAAUGAUCCAUUAAGAGCACUUCAGGGAUUGGAAAACUUGGUAGUGCUUCAUUUCCUAGAAGAAUCUUAUUUGGGAGAGGAAUUAAGUUGUGAUAUUGGAAGCUAUCCAAAGCUUAAGGAGCUCCACCUCAGUGGAUUGGCGUUUUUGAAAAGGAUAGUAUUCUCAGAAGGAGCUAUGCCUAAGCUAAGAGAUCUAGAAUUCAAAAGAUGUCCAAGUCUAGAAAAGGUACCCAGGACAAAAUAUCUGUCUUUAGUGGAAAUACCUGGUAUUGUUGAAUUAUGGAGUCUAUAA